GGAAGUGACGCAGGCGAAGCUGAGGGGCGGGUGCGUCUGCGCCGGAAGUGCCUGCCAGACAGUAAAUAAGCCCAGAAAAAGGAGGAAAGAAGCUGUCUCCAUCUUGUCGGCACGCGCUGGGCUGGUGACGCUGCGGCGAUGGGGAGCGUUCUGGGACUGUGCUCCGUGGCGAGCUGGAUCCCAUGUUUGUGUGGCAGUGCCCCGUGUUUGCUGUGCCGAUGCUGCCCCAGUGGGAACAACUCCACUGUGACUAGAUUGAUCUACGCACUUUUCUUGCUUGUCGGAGUGUGUGUAGCUUGUGUCAUGUUAAUACCAGGAAUGGAAGAACAACUGAAUAAGAUUCCUGGGUUCUGUGAGAAUGAGAAAGGUGUUGUUCCUUGUAAUAUUCUGGUUGGCUACAAAGCUGUGUAUCGCCUGUGUUUUGGCCUGGCCAUGUUCUAUCUUCUCCUUUCUUUACUAAUGAUCAAGGUGAAAAGCAGCAGUGACCCUAGAGCCGCAGUCCACAAUGGAUUCUGGUUCUUUAAAUUUGCUACAGCAGUUGCAAUUAUUAUUGGCGCAUUCUUCAUCCCGGAAGGCACUUUUACAACUGUGUGGUUUUAUGUAGGCAUGGCGGGUGCCUUUUGUUUCAUCCUUAUACAACUAGUCUUACUAAUUGAUUUUGCCCAUUCUUGGAAUGAAUCAUGGGUUGAAAAAAUGGAAGAAGGGAACUCAAGAUGUUGGUAUGCAGCCCUGUUGUCAGCUACAGCUCUGAAUUAUUUGCUGUCUUUAGUUGCCAUCAUCCUAUUCUUUGUCUACUAUACUCACCCAGCCAGCUGUGCAGAAAACAAGGCGUUCAUCAGUGUCAACAUGCUCCUCUGCAUUGGAGCAUCUGUAAUGUCUAUACUGCCCAAGAUCCAAGAAUCACAACCAAGAUCUGGCUUGUUGCAGUCUUCAGUAAUUACAAUCUACACAAUGUAUUUGACAUGGUCUGCUAUGACCAAUGAACCAGAAACAAAUUGCAAUCCAAGUUUACUAAGCAUCAUUGGCUUCAAUACCACCAGUCCUAUCCCAAAGGACGGACAGUCUGUUCAGUGGUGGCAUCCUCAAGGAAUCAUAGGACUCGUCCUCUUCCUGCUGUGUGUGUUUUACUCGAGCAUCCGUACCUCCAACAACAGUCAGGUUAAUAAGCUGACUCUAACAAGUGAUGAGUCAACCCUGAUCGAGGAUGGGAAUGGCAGAAGUGACGGUUCACUAGAUGAUGGUGAUGGUGUCCACCGAGCUAUAGACAAUGAAAGGGACGGAGUCACUUACAGUUACUCCUUCUUUCACUUCAUGCUCUUCCUGGCUUCGCUUUACAUCAUGAUGACCCUCACCAACUGGUACAGGUAUGAGCCUUCUCGUGAGAUGAAGAGUCAGUGGACAGCAGUCUGGGUGAAAAUCUCUUCCAGUUGGAUUGGCCUUGUGCUGUAUGUGUGGACACUGGUGGCACCACUUGUUCUUACAAAUCGGGAUUUUGACUGAAUGGGAUGUCUGGCAUGAGUCUCACUUUGGCCAUUGUUCAUUUGACAGUAACAGUAUUCCCAGUUUUUGUAAAGUUGUAUGUGCUGUUGUGUAACACUCUUUUUUUCUCUUGCAUGAAAUAGAUUUACUCUGCCAUUUUAUCUAUGUUCUUGCUAAGUAUAUGAUGAUAUGAAUUGCAAUGGGAGAAUUUUGAAUAUUGUGGGAAAGAUGGACAUUGAUAGGCAUAUCAUCUGCUCUGUACAUAUGGUAUUAAAACUGAAAACAAAAGUUCUUGACAAUUGGGUUUCAAAAUUGUGUUAGAACUUAUGCUCUUUUAGAAACAUUAAGUAUAUGGCUGCCUUUUGAAAUACUUCCUGUGUUGUUGCCUUACAGAGGACUACAAAUACAAAGCAAAUAGCUGUUUUACAAUUAUGUAAAUAAGCCACAAGCUAGUUGUCUGAAAACUGUAAGUCACUUUAAUUUUGUCAGAAUGUUCUAUUACUAGGCCCAGGAUGUUCCAUGUUUAGUGGAAAAUAGUAUAGGAAGUGGGGGGAAACUAAGCAGUAGACAAGAGCCUUCACAGAAAGUCAUUGGUAAUGGGUUUUAAAGGAGGUACUUAGAUCAUGAUUUUCUCUGUAAGUAUGGUCUUCACCAAAAAAAUGAAUGCUUUGCUCUUUGUGAACACAAAAUUACGGAUUUCAUGGAGAUAUUAACUCUGCAUUUACACAAGGUUUUGAAAAGGAUAUUGUGUUAGAAAAAUUUGAAACUAAAAGUUUCCCAAACAAAAUGGGAAACUUAAAAGGACAAAAAAUAUUAGGCUUGGGUUAGGAACUUAAGAUAAAGUCUAGUCCAGUUCUUAUUUUAAAAGUCAACUAGCUCAAAAGCUAGUUAAUAACAAAGUUGGAUACCAAAAAUAGCCAACACUAUGACAUAAAAACUUUGUAUUCAAAAUAUACAAUUCACUUUAUAAAUUAUUAACGGUAGAUAAUUUGUGUAAAAUGUAUUGCUGCUAUCCAGCAUGCCGUUUUUUUUUUUUUUUUAAUCCAGACACAAGGCCAGGAGGAUAAUUAACUGAGGAAUAGACAACUCACCUUACACUACAUAUUUAGCCAUGCUUAAAAUGUAAUGUUUGUGUUUACUGCCAUGCAAUUGAUAUAAUAAUUCAACUUGAAAGUCAGGAUGCCACUUAAUUUAGAUAAAAAUGCUUAGUUAUUUAUGUUAGUAUCUAGCUAAAAAACUUUUAAAGAUCUAUAUGCUUCUUUAAAAAUAUUUAUUGUGCAAAUGAAAUAUAGCAAUUCAUCUUAAUUUUCCAACCUUACUCUGUGUUAAUACUUUGUUUCACAAUUUUGAAUGGCUGUGUUCUGUCUAUUAAAUAAAUGAAUUCAAAGAAAA